GUUCAUCAUGGCUGCCGUAUGUGCUGGUCUGCACAGUAACGCUCUGCUCGGAGACUGACUCUCCGCUCCUUUAGUGCCUCACAUUUACUGUCUCCACCCUCGACAUUUCGGCAAACAAUCCCGCUUGCAUGAGCCCAAACCUCCCUGGUUGUGUUGUCUCAUAAUAACGAGCCUUCAUCAAGCAUUUCGUCGGGCCUUAAACACCCCCCUUAAAAAGACAGAGAAAAACAGGCAACAUUUUAUUUCUCCAAUGGUCUGAAUACACUUUCCGCCUUUAUGAACCAUGUGUGAGAACUGCGCCGAGCUGCUGGAGGUGCUCAAUGAGAUCUCGGAUGCAGACAGCUCAGACGGCCUGCAGCUGAAGAAGGAGCAUGCCUUAAGAGUCUUCACUUACAUCAGCACAUGGACACAGAGGCAGUGUCUGUGCUGUUUCAAGGAAUACAAACACCUCGAGGUGUUCAGCCAACUGGUUUAUGCCCUCAUUAACUUGGUCAUUGCCCAAGUAACCAACCUUAGGGACGGUCUACACAGUGGCCAUGGCAACACUAGGACUGAGGGGGUGGAGUCUGAAUGGGGCUCCGCCCAGCCACAGCCGUCACCCAGUGAGGAUGAGCCACUGAAUGUGGAACGGGACUCAGCUGAAGAAGAUGGUGGAGUGGAGGAUGGAGAUCAGCACAAGAACCAAAAUCAGGGGGUCAAACCGGAUCCCCAGCCCAAGCUCAGUGAACCCACGGCGGGCGAGAGCGGGAACGAGAGCAGCCUGGACCUGUUUGCAUCCUGGAGCACAGAAGACCAGGAGAAACUGCUGCUGUGCGCUGCCAAGAUCUUUCAGAUCCAGUUCCCCCUGUACACGGCCUACAAACACAACACACACGCCACUAUAGAGGAUAUCUCGGCACAAGAGAGCAAUAUCCUCGGCUCUUUCUGUGAUAUGAAUGAUGUGGAGGUCCCUCUGCACUUGCUGCGAUAUGUGUGUAUGUUCUGCGGGAAGCAUGGCCUCUCUCUGAUGAAGGACUGCUUUGAGUUCGGCGCUCCUGACACUCUCCCCUUCCCCAUCGCACAUGCCUUCAUCACCAUCGUCUCUAACAUCAGAAUAUGGUUGCACAUUCCCGCUGUGAUGCAGCACAUCAUCCCUUUUCGCACAUACGUUAUCAGGUAUCUGUGUAAUUUGUCGGAUCAGGAGCUGCGUCAGAGCGCGGCGCGUAACAUGGCCGAUCUGAUGUGGAGCACGGUGAAGGAGCCGCUGGACAGCGCGCUGUGUUUUGACAGAGAGAGCUUGGAUCUGGCCUUCAAAUACUUCAUGAGUCCAACGCUCACCAUGAGACUGGCCGGCCUGAGCCAGAUCACGAAUCAGCUGCACACCUUCAAUGACGUCUGUAAUAACGAGUCCCUGGUGUCUGACACUGAGACGUCGAUAGCAAAGGAACUCGCUGAUUGGCUCAUCAACAACAAUGUUGUAGAGCACAUAUUUGGACCAAAUUUGCACAUUGAGAUCAUUAAACAGUGCCAAGUGAUCCUGAACUUCCUGGCAGCCGAGGGCAGGCUGAGCACUCAACAUGUGGACUGUAUAUGGGCCGCCGCUCAGCUGAAACACUGCAGUCGCUACAUCCAUGACCUGUUCCCCUCGCUCAUAAAGAACCUGGACCCUGUUCCUCUGCGGCACGUGCUCAGUCUGGUGUCAGGGUUACACCCCAGCGCACACACUGAACAGACGCUGUAUUUGGCGUCCAUGCUGAUCAAGGCCUUGUGGAAUAACGCUCUGGCAGCCAAAACUCAGCUGUCCAAACAGAGCUCCUUCGCCUCCCUGCUCAACACCAACAUUCCCAUGGGCAACAAGAAAGGUUCUCCUGCAGGAAGCCCGGAGAGCAGUGACAACAGCGACACGCAUCACAGUGGAGAAAGUGACAUGGAGAUGGACGAGCCAAUCAUGAGCUGUGGAAAACGAGGGCAGCAGAGGCUGUCGGACACGGAGGAGUCUCUGCAGGGCAGUUCAGACGAGACGGCCAACAGCGGCGAGGAGGGCAGCAGCAGCGGCCGCAGCGAGGCGUCCAGCAACGAGGCUGGAUCCAGCCGAGCCAGCCAAUCAGCAGGCAGCCCGGGCAGCGAGCUGCACUCCGACGACAUGGCUGACAGCGAGGUCCUGAAGGAAGAGGAAGAGGAGGAGGAAGAAGAAGAGGACGACGACGAGGAUGAUGAAGACGAGGAUGAGGACGAUGAAGAUGACAGGCCAGCUGUCGCCUCCGAGGGCAGCCCUCAGAAAGAAACCCGAGACUCCAGAGAGCCGUCUACAUCAGAGCUGCGCAAACGCAAAGCCGGCGAAUCGCUCGGAGAGGUCCAGGGUCCUCCGGAGCGACCCGGAAUUCCACCCGGCAUUCCCGGCUCCAUCGCCUCCACUCCCGGACUUUCCAAAACCAAAUCCAUUCCCUUCACCCCCGAGGCAGCCGCUGCCAUGGUAGCCUCGUCUUCCCUUAGGAUCCUUGAGCCUUGCUCUUCUUCAUCCGUGUGCCUGGAGGGAACGUCGGGAGAGCAGGCUGAUCCCUCCUCACAUUCCCAAUCCCAGAACCCCCAGCAACCUCAGCAGGGCGGCACAGAGAUGGGCUCCUCACACGGAGUGUCUGUUUCCCAGGAGCCACCCUGCAUGCCUCGACCGGCAGACUUCCUGACGGAGGCCAUGGGCAAUGAGCUCUUCAACUGCAGGCGUUUUAUCAGCCCUCAGCAUCACCAUCAUCAUCACCACCAUCAUCAUCAUCACCACCACCAUGAUGGUCACAUGGUAGAGGACAUGCUGAGCGCCGAUGACGUGAGCUGCAGCAGUUCCCAAGUCAGUGCCAAAUCUGAGAAGAACAUGGCAGAUUUUGACGGAGAGGAGUCUGGCUGCGAGGAGGAGCUGGUCCAGAUCAACUCGCAUGCUGAGCUCAGCUCGCACCUGCAGCAGCACCUGCCCAACCUGGCCUCCAUAUACCACGAACAUCUGGUGCAAGGUCCAGCAGUGCACAAACAUCAGUACUCUUCACACGCGGUGACCGACAUCAACCUGGACAGCGUCUGCAAGAAAGGAAACACCCUUCUGUGGGACCUGGUCCAGGACGACAGUGCGAUCCACCUGUCGGAAGGCUUGAUCAAUGAGGCAGAGAAGCUGUUGUGUUCUCUGGUCUGCUGGUUCACUGACCGUCAGAUCCGCAUGCGUUUCAUCGAUGGCUGUCUGGAGAACCUAGCCAACCACCGGUCAGUGGUGGUGUCUUUGCGUUUGCUGCCAAAGCUCUUUGGGACCUUCCAGCAGUUCGGCUCCAGCUACGACACUCAUUGGAUAACCAUGUGGGCGGAAAAGGAGCUGCACAUGAUGAAGCUCUUUUUUGAUGAUCUGUUACACUAUAUCCAGGAAGUGAGAGAGCAGAACCACAAAUUCGCUUUGUACAGUCACAGUGCGGAGGUGCAGGUGCGUCUGCAGUUCCUCACCUGUGUGUUCUCAACGCUUGGAUCACCUGACCACUUCAGGUUGAGUCUGGAGCAGGUGGACAUCCUGUGGCACUGUUUAGUGGAGGACUCUGAGUGUUAUGACGACGCCCUGCACUGGUUCCUAAACCAGGUCCGCAGUAAAGACCAGCACGCCAUGGGCAUGGAGACAUACAAACACCUCUUCCUGGAGAAGAUGCCUCAGCUGAAGCCGGAGACGAUCAGCAUGACGGGACUCAAUUUGUUUCAGCAUCUGUGUAAUCUGGCUCGUCUGGCCACCAGCGCCUACGACAGCAGCUCCAACUGCGAGUUGUGUGGUAUGGAUCAGCUGUGGGGAAUCGCGCUGAGGGCUCAGUCUGCAGACAUCAGCCGCGCUGCCAUCCAGUACAUCAACUCCUAUUACAUCAGCGGUAAAACGGGUCUGGAGAAGGAGCAGGAGUUCAUCAGUAAGUGUAUGGAGAGCUUGAUGAUGGCGUCUGCUAACCUGGAGAAAGAUGCCCACUCCAGCCUGACCAUCAUAGAGAGAGGACUGCUUCUGCUCAAAACACACCUGGAGGCCUUCAGACGCAGGUUUGCGUAUCACCUGCGGCAGUGGCAGAUCGAGGGCACGGGCAUCAGCAGUCAUCUGAAAGCUCUCAGUGAUAAACAGUCUCUCCCGCUCAGGAUCGUGUGUCAGCCAGCAGGACUGCCUGACAAGAUGACCAUCGAGAUGUACCCCAGCGAUCAGGUGGCUGAUCUGAGGGCAGAGGUCACGCACUGGUAUGAGAACCUUCAGAAGGAUCAGCUCAGCCAGCAGGCACAGCUGCAGGAGUUCGGUCAGACCAGCCGCCAGCAGGACUUCCCAGGUGGUCUGAUGGGUCCGGUGCGCAUGAUCUCAUCAGGACACGAGCUGACCACUGACUAUGAUGAGAAGACCCUUCACGAGCUCGGCUUCAAGGACAUGCAGAUGGUGUUCGUGUCUCUGGGCGCUCCGCGGAGGGAGAGGAAGGGCGAGGGAGUCCAGCUGCCGGCGUCGUGUCUGCCGCCCCCUCAGAAGGAGCACAUCCCCAUGCUGCUGCUCCUGCAGGAGCCCCACCUCACCACCCUCUUCGACCUGCUGGAGAUGCUGGCCUGCUUCAAGCCGCCCGGCCCCGACAGACCCCAGCACAGCACUGAGAGUGUUCGCUGUGAGGAGCUGCACCUCCAUGCGGAGAAUCUGUCCCGCCGAGUGUGGGAGCUGCUCAUGCUGCUGCCCACGUGUCCCAGCAUGCUCCAGGCCUUCCAGAACAUCUCCGAUGACACGGGAUCUGACGGUUUGUGCUGGAAGGAUCUGUUGAGGAUCAAGAGCCCUCAUAAGCUGCUCUACGCUUUAGAAAUCAUAGAGGCCCUCGGCAAACCCAACCGCAGGAUUCACCGCGAGUCUACGGGCAGUUACAGUGAUCUGUAUCCAGACUCUGACGACUCCAGUGAGGAACAGAUCGAGAACAGCAAGAACACUUGGAGCUGUAAGUUUGUGUCGUCUGGAGGUCUUCAGCUUCUGCUGGACAUUUUUAACUCUGCAAUUUUAGAGCCGAAAGAGCAAGAAUCCUGGACUGUGUGGUUGUUGGACUGUCUCGCGUGUCUGCUGAAGCUCAUUUGUCAGUUCGCGGUGGAUCCGGCCGAUCUGGACCUGGCCUAUCAUGAUGUUUUCGCCUGGUCUGGUCUCACGGACACACAGAGGAAGAGGGUGUGGCCAGGGAAGUCCCGCAAAGCCGCGGGGGAUCAUGGGAAGGGCCUGCAUAUACCUCGUCUCACAGAGGUUUUCCUAAGUCUUGUGCAAGGCACCAACCUCAUCCAGCGGCUCAUCAACGUGACCUACACAUACGACAAUCUGGCGCACAGGGUUUUGAAGGCCCAAUCAGAUCACAGAUCCAGACACGAGGUGACUCAUUACUCCAUGUGGCUGCUGGUGAGCUGGGCUCACUGCUGUUCUCUGGUGAAAUCCAGCCUGGCUGAUAGGGAACAUCUGCACGACUGGCUCAAGAAGCUCACGCUGCUCAUACCUGAGACGGCGGUGCGUCAGGAGGCGUGCAGUGGUCUGUAUAAGCUGUCUCUGUCAGGUCUGGAGGGGGGAGAAUCCAUCAAUAGAUCCUUCUUGCUGCUCGCUGCGUCCACACUGCUCAAGUUCCUGCCAGACGCACAAGCGCUUAAACCCCUGAGAGUGGAGGAUUUUGAGGAGGAGGCCAUGUUUCGCACCGGCUGUAAGGAGUAUUUCUGGCUGCUCUGUAAGCUCAUCGACAACAUCCAUGUGAAAGACACUAGUCAGACCACCCUGCUGGAUCUGGACGCUCUGGCACGACACCUCGCCGACUGCAUCCGCAGUCGUGAGAUUUUGGACCAGCAGGACGGGGCAAUCGAGGACGACGGUCUGACAGGUCUCCUGCGUCUCGCCACCAGCGUCCUGAAGCACAAGCCUCCCUUUAAGUUUUCUCGGGAGGGUCAGGAGUUCCUCAGGGACACGUAUGACCUGCUGUUCCUGCUGCCCAGCCUGAAGGACCGACAGCAGCCCAAAUGCAAGAGUCCCGCAGCCCGAGCCGCAGCCUACGACCUGCUGGUGGAGGUGGUCAAGGGUUCGGUGGAGAACUACAGACUGCUGCACAACUGGGUCAUGUCGCAGCACAUGCAGGCAUCUCAUGCUCCAUAUAAAUGGGAUUACUGGCCCCACGAUGAUGUCCGAGCCGAGUGUCGUUUUGUGGGAUUGACUAACCUGGGCGCCACGUGUUACCUAGCCUCCACCAUCCAGCAGCUCUACAUGAUCCCAGAGGCCAGACAGGCCGUCUUUACCGCUAAAUAUUCAGAGGACAUUAAGCAUAAGACCACAUUGCUGGAGCUGCAGAAGAUGUUCACUUAUCUAAUGGAGAGCGAGAGGAAGGCGUACAACCCUCGUCCCUUCUGUAAGACCUACACGAUGGACAAACAGCCUCUGAACACAGGAGAGCAGAAAGACAUGACCGAGUUCUUCACAGACCUCAUCACCAAGAUAGAGGAGAUGUCUCAGGACCUGAAAAACACAGUCAAAACGCUGUUUGGAGGCGUCAUCACCAACAAUGUGGUUUCACUGGACUGUGAUCACGUGAGUCAGACGGCUGAGGAGUUUUACACAGUCAGAUGCCAGGUGGCUGAUAUGAAGAACAUCUAUGAGUCUCUGGACGAGGUGACCAUUAAGGACACUCUGGAGGGUGAUAACAUGUACACCUGCUCUCAGUGUGGGAAGAAAGUCCGCGCUGAAAAACGGGCUUGUUUUAAGAAGCUCCCGCGGAUGUUGAGCUUUAACACCAUGCGCUACACGUUCAACAUGGUGACCAUGAUGAAGGAAAAAGUAAACACGCACUUUUCUUUCCCGCUGCGGCUCGACAUGACGCCGUACACCGAGGACUUCCUCAUGGCCAAAGGAGACAGGAAGGAAGGUUUCCGUGACGACAGUGAUGCCAAAGUGGCGGAGAGUUACGAGUAUGACCUCAUCGGUGUGACGGUGCACACGGGCACGGCGGACGGCGGCCAUUAUUACAGCUUCAUCAGGGACAUCGUCAACCCACACGCUUACCGCAAUAACAAAUGGUAUCUGUUUAACGACGCUGAGGUGAAGCCGUUUGAUUCGGCCCAGCUGGCCUCAGAGUGUUUUGGUGGAGAGAUGACAACAAAAACAUACGACUCUGUCACAGACAAGUUCAUGGAUUUCUCCUUUGAAAAGACCCACAGUGCCUACAUGCUGUUCUAUAAGAGAGUGGAGGUGGAGGAGGAGAAUGAGAAGGACUUGAACUUUGACAUUUCUCCUGACCUUCUGGAGUGGAUCUGGCACGACAACAUGCAGUUUCUCCAGGACAAGAACAUCUUUGAACACACAUACUUCGGUUUUAUGUGGCAGCUGUGCAGCAGUAUUCCCAGCACUUUAGCGGAUCCUAAAUCCGUGUCGCUCAUGACGGCUAAGCUCAGCACAUCGUUUGUUCUGGAGACAUUCAUCCACUCCAAAGAAAAGCCCACAAUGCUGCAGUGGAUUGAACUCUUGACCAAACAGUUUAACAAUAGCCAAGCUGCCUGCGAGUGGUUUUUGGAUCAGAUGGCAGAUGAUAACUGGUGGCCAAUGCAGAUUCUCAUCAAGUGUCCCAAUCAGAUUGUACGUCAGAUGUUUCAGAGGUUGUGUAUUCACGUGAUCCAGCGCCUCAGACCGGUCCACGCUCACCUGUACCUGCAGCCGGGCAUGGAGGACGGAUCUGAUGAUAUGGACGGGCCGGUGGAGGACAUCGGCAGCCGCUCCUGUGUGACGCGGUUCGUCAAAACGCUGCUGUCAAUCAUGGAGCACGGAGUGAAGCCUCACAGCAAACAUCUGACCGAAUACUUUGCCUUUCUAUACGAGUUUGCCAAAAUGGGAGAAGAGGAGAGUCAGUUCCUCUUAUCUUUGCAAGCCAUUUCUAUAAUGGUGCAUUUCUACAUAGGCACUAAAGGACCUGAAAAUCCUCAGGUGGAGGUGUUAUCUGAGGAGGAGGAGGGUGAGGAGGAUGAAGAGGAGGACAUCCUCUCACUGGCGGAGGAGAAGUACAGGCCGGCCGCUCUGGAGAAGAUGAUCGCUCUCAUAGCUCUGCUGGUGGAGCAGUCCAGAUCUGAGAGACACUUGACUCUGUCUCAGAGUGACAUGGCCGCGCUGACCGGAGGAAAAGGUUUCCCCUUCCUGUUCCAACACAUCAGAGACAGCAUCAACAUCAGACAGACCUGCAACCUCAUCUUCAGCCUCUGCAGAUACAACAACCGCCUGGCAGAACACAUCGUGUCAAUGCUGUUCACCUCCAUCGCUAAACUGACUCCAGAGGCAGCAAAUCCGUUCUUCAAGCUGCUGACGAUGCUGAUGGAGUUUGUUGCUGGUCCUCCGGGAAUGCCCUCGUUUGCGUCCUACAUCCUGCAGAGGAUCUGGGAGGUGAUUGAGUAUAACCCGUCUCAGUGUUUGGACUGGUUGGCCGUUCAGACUCCGCGUAAUAAGCUUGCUCACAGCUGGGUCCUGCAGAACAUGGAGAACUGGGUGGAGAGGUUUCUGCUGGCACACAACUACCCACGAGUCCGAACAUCGGCGGCGUAUCUGCUGGUGUCUCUCAUCCCGAGCAACUCCUUCCGUCAGAUGUUCCGCUCCACGCGCUCUCUUCACAUCCCCACGCGGGACCUCCCACUGAGUCCCGACACCACCGUGGUUCUGCACCAGGUCUACAAUCUGCUCCUGGGCCUGCUGGGCCGGGCCAAGCUCUACGUGGACGUGCCGGUGCACGGGACCACCAAACUGGUGCAGUACUUCAGCUUCAUGACCUACUGCCUCAUCUCCAAAACCGAGAAGCUCAUGUUCUCCAACUACUUCAUGGACCUCUGGAACCUCUUCCAGUAUGUGGACUGCAGCGAGAACGUGCGUCUCAUCGUCCAAAACCCUGUCGUCACUAAAAACAUCGCCUUCAACUACAUCCUGGCCGAUCACGACGAUCAGGAGGUGGUGCUGUUCAACCGCGGGAUGCUUCCGGCGUACUACGCCAUCCUGCGCAUGUGCUGCGAGCAGUCGCCCGCCUUCACCCGCCAGCUGGCGUCUCACCAGAACAUACAGUGGGCCUUCAAAAACCUCACGCCCCACGCCAGCCAGUACCCAGGGGCAGUGGAGGAGUUGUUUAACCUGAUGCAGUUGUUUGUGGCUCAGAGGCCUGAUAUGAGAGAAGAAGAGCUGGAGGACAUGAAGCAGUUCAAGAAGACCACCAUCAGCUGUUACCUGCGCUGUCUGGAUGGGCGCUCCUGCUGGACCACUCUCAUCAGUGCCUUCCGUAUACUGCUGGAGAACGAUGAGGACAGACUGCUGGUGGUGUUCAACAGAGGACUCAUCCUCAUGACUGAGUCCUUCAACACCCUGCACAUGAUGUACCAUGAGGCCACUGCGUGUCACGUGACCGGUGAUCUGGUGGAGCUGCUGUCUAUUUUCCUGUCUGUUUUAAAGGCAAUGCGGCCCUACUUACAGCGCAAAGAUGUGAAGCAGGCGUUGAUCCAGUGGCAGGAGAGGAUUGAUUUCGCUCAUAAGCUGCUGACGCUGCUGAACUCUUACAGCCCACCAGAGCUGCGUAACGCCUGUCUGGAUGUGCUGAAGGAGCUGGUGCUCUUGAGUCCUCAUGACUUCCUGCACACGCUCGUGCCCUUCCUGCAGCACAACCACUGCACCUACCACCACAGCAACAUCCCCAUGUCGUUUGGCCCGUACCUGCCCUGUGGAGAGAAUAUCAAGCUGAUGGGCGGAAAGAACAACAUUCGUCCUCCCAGACCGGAGCUCAACAUGUGCCUGCUGCCCUCGAUGGUGGAGACCAGUAAGGGUAAGGAUGAGGUGUAUGACAGGAUGUUGUUGGACUACUUCCUGUCGUAUCAUCAGUUCAUUCACCUGCUCUGUCGAGUCGCCAUCAACUGUGAGAAGUUCACCGAGACUCUGGUGAAACUCAGUGUGUUGAUAGCAUAUGAAGGACUUCCUUUACACCUGGCUCUCUUUCCAAAACUAUGGACAGAACUCGCUCAGUCUCAGUGUGCGAUGGCUCAGUCGUGUGUGAAGCUGUUGUGUGAGGAUCCAGCAUUUGGAGAAUACAUGAAAUGCAUCCUGAUGGACGAGAGAAACUUCCUCAACAACAACAUCGCCUACUCCUACCUCACCUGCUUCUUACAUAAAGUGCAGGUGCAGGUGUUGUCAGGCCAGAGCUGCUCGAAUCUCGUCAAUGUGUUGGUGACCAACCUACUGAACGAGUACCACAGCCUGCAGCCUGAGCUGACCAAUCAGAGAGCAGAGAUGAGCAAGACCAGCAGCCUCCUGAACGCAGAUCUGCGUGCGCUGCUGCUGGUGCUGUCGGUUUACGCCCCUCAGCAGCUGGACCCUGCUUUAGGCCCGGCUCUACAGGAGCUGCUGUCCAAAUGCAGACUGUGUCUGCAGCACCACACCACAUUAGAGAUGGAGGCCAAGGAACGCAAAGUCAAAGUGGAAGAGGAAGGCGUCACUCCAGUGAAGCGCCGGCGGGUGAGCAGCAGUGCUGAGGAUCGGCCGGCAGACAGCGUUUGCCUUCCAUCUACUUCCUCCUCAUUGGCUCCCUGCUCGGAGCAGAAGGCGGAGCCAGGGGAGGCGUUUACGCCAACCAGCACUUCGGACACUGAAACCCGAGACUCCUCCCUCAUCGACCCGGGAGUGGAAAACGACCCGCCCUCUCCCGACAGUGCGUCCCUCGAGGAGAAGAAAAUGGACGUUUCUUCGUCAUCGUCAUCCUCAUCUUCGUCAUCAUCCUCCUCCUUUCCCGAAGCGUUCGGCCGAACGGACGAACCUCCACCGCAGAUAGCUGGAAGAGAGGAGGAGGAAGAGGAGGAUGGGCGGAAGGAAACGCAAGAGCAGGAGUCAGAGCCAGAGCGAGAGGAAGUGCCCUCCACUUCCUUCUCCUCUGCAGACUCGGUGCUUUUACUCUCCAGCCUGCCGGAUUCUGCCGAGGGGCGGAGCUGCUCCCUCCAGGAGGCGGAGUCAGGCGGAUGUGGCCACGCCCCCGUGCAGGAUGCACUGGAGAUGCUGUCGCGCACAGUUGAGGCCACUAUCGCUGUGGUUGCCAAACUUUUGAACGGGAAAGGAGGGACACGCCCCUCGGCUUUGUGACGUUACUUUCGCGUCGCUCCUUUUUCGCAUUUCACGUUUUUUCGUUCGCCAUGCUGUUCAGAUUUGUCUUUUUAUGAAUAAUUGAAGUCCAACUUUUUUUUUCUUUUCCCGCCCUUUG